AUGGGAAAAGUUGGCGCCGCCCGCGGCUCCCCAGCCGGGCUGAGCGCGCUCCUCGCGGGCGCGGGGCUCUUGGUCCUCUGCGCCCCGGGCUCCUGCGGCGGCGGCUCCUGUUGUCCCCCGCGGCAUCCCAGCGCGGCUCCACGCUGGGCUCCGACCCCAGGGGGGCUUCCUCACGGGGGACCGCGAGGCAGAGCUCCUGCUGCGCCCCUGCCCCAACUCGGAAGACCCCUGUUCGCAGUGGCCCCCGCAGACCGAGCGCUGUCCCUGGAGCGGGCCCCGGGCACGGGGGCGUCGGUGGCGGUCGCUCCACGCUCUGGCCGGAAGAGACGGAGUGGAGAGGAUCAGGAGCAGGCUGAGCGAGGAGAGGGGACGAGUAGAAACCCUCGGGGAGUGCCAAGGGACGGAGGGCAGCGGGAGCCUGGGGCUCUGGAGCGGGACCCGGACAAAGCCACUCGCUUCCGGCUGGAGGAGCUGAGGCUGACCAGCACCACGUUCGCGCUGACGGGCGACUCGGCACACAACCAAGCCAUGGUCCACUGGUCUGGCCACAACAGCAGCGUGAUUCUCAUUUUGACAAAGCUGUAUGACUAUAACCUGGGGAGCAUCACGGAGAGCUCGCUUUGGAGGUCAACCGAUUAUGGGACAACCUAUGAGAAGCUGAAUGAUAAAGUUGGGUUGAAAACGAUUUUAAGCUAUCUCUACGUGUGUCCUACCAACAAGCGUAAGAUUAUGUUGCUCACAGACCCAGAGAUUGAGAGCAGUUUACUGAUCAGCUCGGACGAAGGGGCAACCUAUCAAAAAUACCGGCUGAACUUUUACAUCCAGAGCUUACUUUUCCACCCCAAACAAGAGGACUGGAUUCUGGCAUACAGCCAAGACCAAAAGUUAUACAGCUCUGCUGAAUUUGGGAGAAGGUGGCAGCUUAUCCAGGAAGCGGUUGUACCAAACAGAUUCUACUGGUCUGUGAUGGGGUCGAACAAGGAACCGGACCUUAUACAUCUAGAGGCCAGAACUGUGGAUGGUCAUUCACAGUACCUAACCUGCCGAAUGCAGAACUGCACAGAGGCCAACAGAAAUAAACCUUUCCCAGGCUACAUCGAUCCAGACUCUCUGAUUGUCCAGGAUGAUUACGUGUUUGUUCAGCUGACAUCAGGGGGCCGGCCACAUUACUACGUGUCCUACCGAAGGAAUGCGUUUGCCCAGAUGAAGCUCCCCAAGUAUGCUUUGCCUAAGGACAUGCAUGUCAUCAGCACCGAUGAGAACCAGGUGUUCGCAGCGGUCCAGGAGUGGAACCAGAACGACACGUACAACCUCUACAUCUCAGACACACGUGGAGUCUACUUCACCCUGGCCUUAGAGAACGUCCAGAGCAGCAGAGGGCCUGAGGGCAACGUCAUGAUCGACCUCUAUGAGGUAGCAGGGAUAAAGGGAAUGUUCUUGGCUAACAAGAAGACUGACAACCAGGUCAAGACUUUCAUCACAUACAACAAAGGCAGAGACUGGCGUUUGCUGCAGGCUCCGGACACAGACCUACGGGGGGACCCUGUGCACUGCUUGCUGCCCUAUUGCUCCCUACACCUUCACCUUAAGGUCUCUGAGAAUCCCUACACGUCAGGGAUCAUCGCCAGCCGAGACACAGCCCCCAGCAUCAUAGUGGCUUCAGGUAAUAUAGGUUCUGAGUUGUCAGACAGUGACAUCAGCAUGUUUGUCUCUUCAGAUGCGGGAAACACUUGGAGGCAGAUAUUUGAAGAAGAGCACAGUGUUUUGUAUCUGGAUCAAGGUGGAGUCCUGGUUGCUAUGAAGCACACAUCCCUCCCAAUUCGACAUCUCUGGUUGAGUUUUGAUGAAGGGAGAUCUUGGAGCAAAUACAGUUUCACAUCUAUUCCGCUUUUUGUGGAUGGGGUUCUGGGUGAACCUGGGGAAGAGACUCUCAUCAUGACAGUGUUUGGACACUUCAGUCACCGCUCCGAAUGGCAGCUGGUCAAAGUGGACUACAAGUCCAUUUUCGAUAGACGCUGUGCCGAGGAGGACUACAGACCGUGGCAGCUACACAGCCAGGGGGAAGCAUGCAUCAUGGGAGCGAAGAGGAUAUAUAAGAAGAGAAAAUCCGAGCGGAAAUGCAUGCAGGGAAAAUAUGCAGGAGCCAUGGAGUCUGAGCCCUGUGUCUGCACAGAGGCUGAUUUUGACUGUGACUAUGGUUAUGAACGACACAGCAAUGGUCAGUGCCUGCCAGCCUUUUGGUUCAAUCCAUCCUCUCUGUCAAAGGACUGCAGCUUGGGGCAGAGUUACCUCAAUAGUACUGGGUAUAGAAAGGUGGUUUCCAAUAACUGCACUGAUGGAGUGAGAGAACAGUACACAGCCAAGCCACAGAAGUGCCCAGGGAAGGCCCCCCGGGGGCUCCGGAUCGUCACCGCUGAUGGAAAGCUGACGGCAGAACAAGGGCACAACGUUACUCUCAUGGUGCAGCUGGAAGAGGGUGACGUCCAGAGGACACUCAUCCAGGUGGACUUCGGGGAUGGCAUCGCAGUGUCUUAUGUCAACCUCAGCUCCAUGGAAGAUGGAAUCAAACACGUCUAUCACAAUGUGGGCAUUUUCCGAGUGACCGUGCAGGUGGACAACAGUCUGGGGUCUGACAGCGCCGUCCUGUACUUACAUGUAACUUGUCCCCUGGAGCAUGUACACCUGUCUCUUCCCUUUGUCACCACGAAGAACAAAGAGGUCAACGCAACCGCCGUGCUGUGGCCCAGCCAGGUGGGCACCCUGACCUACGUGUGGUGGUACGGAAACAACACCGAGCCCCUGAUCACCUUAGAGGGAAGCAUAGCAUUCAAGUUUACUUCUGAAGGGAUGAACACCAUCACAGUGCAGGUCUCAGCUGGGAAUGCCAUCCUGCAAGACACAAAGACCAUCGCAGUGUACGAGGAAUUCCGAUCUCUUCGCCUGUCCUUUUCUCCAAACCUGGACGAUUACAACCCAGACAUCCCUGAGUGGAGGAGAGACGUCAGCCGAGUCAUCAAAAAGGCCUUGGUGGAGGCCACCGGGGUUCCGGGCCAGCACAUCUUGGUGGCAGUGCUGCCUGGCCUGCCCACCGCUGCCGAGCUCUUUGUCUUACCCCAUCAGGAUCCCACAGGAGAAAACAAAAGGUCAGCCGAGGACCUGGAGCAGAUAUCAGAACUGCUGAUUCACAAGCUCAACCAAAACUCCGUGCACUUUGAGCUGAAGCCGGGGGUCCAAGUCCUUGUCCACGCAGCCCACUUAACAGCAGCCCCGCUGGUGGACCUGACUCCAGCCCACAGCGGCUCCGCCAUGCUGAUGCUGCUGUCCGUGGUGUUUGUGGGGCUGGCGGUGUUCGUCAUCUACAAGUUCAAAAGGAAGAUCCCGGGGAUUAAUGUUUAUGCCCAGAUGCAGAAUGAGAAAGAACGAGAGAUGGUCAGUCGAGUCAGUCACCCUGAAAGCAGGCCCUAUGUCCCUCAGACUGAACCCAGGCGGCCUGGCCAGCUGAUAGAUGAGAAGGUGGAGCCCCAGCUCAUAGGAAGUAUUUCCAUAGUUGCUGAGAAUCAAAGCACAAAAGAAAUCCCUACCUAUGUAAAUGUUUGA